GAGGAGGCGUGACUUCCUGGACCGGCGGCUUUGCAUUGGACUCGGCAACCGGAAGGGGUGGGAGUCCCUAGAAAGACCGCUCAGCUAUAGGCUGGAGAUGAAAAGACCUUGGUUUUGAGGGCGGGGCGAGGGGUUGGCUGGACAAGUGGACGCGGAGGUGGGGGUGGUGGUCCUUAAAUGUGCGCGUGAGCGACUCUAUUUGGGAGUAGGGGUCAGAGAGUCUUGGUGACUUCCAAUCGCGCUGAGGAGGCGUCGGGAUGAGACUGAAUUUGAAAGGAAACUGAGGCCGGGAAGCAGUCCCCUCCUCACCCUCGUCUCCACGUAGACACCAUGGCCGAGCCCCUAAAGGAGGAUGACGGCGAGGAUGGCUCUGGGGAGCCCCCCGGAAGGGUGAAGACUGAACCUGCCAACCCUACAACCUCGGUAGCCAUCAAGAACCUGGCUCUGCUCAAAGCCCGCUCCUUCGACGUGACCUUUGACGUGGGAGAGGAGUACGAGAUCAUCGAGACCAUAGGCAACGGGGCCUAUGGGGUCGUGUCCUCUGCUCGCCGUUGCCAAACGGGCCAGCAGGUGGCCAUCAAGAAGAUCCCUAACGCGUUUGAUGUGGUGACCAAUGCCAAACGAACCCUGAGGGAACUGAAGAUACUCAAACACUUCAAGCAUGACAACAUCAUUGCCAUCAAGGACAUCCUGAGGCCAAUGGUGCCUUAUGGCGAGUUCAAAUCUGUCUAUGUAGUCCUGGACCUGAUGGAAAGUGACUUGCACCAGAUCAUCCACUCUUCACAGCCACUAACACUGGAGCACGUGCGCUACUUCUUAUACCAGCUGCUUCGAGGCCUUAAGUACAUGCACUCAGCUCAGGUCAUCCACCGGGACCUCAAGCCCUCGAACUUAUUAGUGAAUGAGAACUGUGAGCUCAAGAUUGGGGACUUUGGGAUGGCCCGUGGCCUGUGUACCUCUCCUGCUGAACAUCAGUACUUCAUGACUGAGUAUGUAGCCACACGCUGGUACCGGGCACCCGAGCUAAUGCUUUCACUGCAUGAGUAUACACAGGCUAUUGACCUGUGGUCUGUGGGCUGCAUUUUUGGAGAGAUGCUAGCCCGGCGCCAACUGUUUCCAGGCAAAAACUAUGUGCACCAGCUGCAGCUGAUUAUGAUGGUGCUGGGUACUCCAUCACCAGCUGUGAUUCAGGCUGUGGGGGCUGAGAGGGUAAGAGCUUAUAUCCAGAGCCUGCCACCACGCCAGCCUGUGCCCUGGGAGACAGUAUACCCAGGAGCUGACCGCCAGGCCCUCUCCUUACUGGGCAGCAUGCUGCAUUUUGAGCCAGGCACCCGCAUCUCAGCAGCUGCUGCCCUGCGACACCCAUUUCUGGCCAAGUACCAUGACCCUGAUGAUGAGCCCGACUGUGCCCCACCUUUUGACUUUGCGUUUGACCGUGAAGUCCUCACCCGGGAGCGCAUUAAGGAGGCAAUUGUGGCUGAGAUAGAGGACUUCCAUGCUCGGCGUGAAGGCAUUCGCCAGCAGAUCCGUUUUCAACCUUCCCUGCAGCCUGUGGCCAGUAAGCCUGGCUGCCCUGACGUUGAGAUGCCCAGCCCUUGGGCACCCAGUAGAGACUGUGCCAUGGAGUCACCUCCACCAGCCCUACCCCUGUGCCCUGGCCCUGGCCCUGACACUAUUGAUUUGACUGCUCAACCACCUCCCCCUGCUACCGAGCUGGUCCCUCCAAAGAGAGAGGGUGCCAUCUCAGACAACACCAAGGCAGCUCUCAAAGCUGCCCUCUUGAAGUCCUUGCGUAAUCGGCUCAAAGAUGGCCCCAGCAUUCCUCUGGAGGCCCCCGAGCCUCGGAAACCAGUGACAGCUCAAGAGCGCCAACGGGAGCGGGAGGAAAAGCGGCGGCGGCGGCAAGAGCGGGCCAAGGAGCGGGAAAAGCGGCGGCAGGAGCGAGAGCGAAAGGAGCGGGGGGCCGGGGCCAUUGGGGUUCCCUCCACCGACCCUCUGGCUGGGCUGGUGCUCAGUGACAAUGACCGAAGCUUGCUGGAACGUUGGACUCGCAUGGCUCGACCCCCAGCCCCAGCACCACCCCAGGCCCAGCCUGCCAGUCCUCUUUCCGGCCCUGUAGCCCAGUCCACUGGUCUCCCAACUCAGCCUGCGGGCUCCACUCCUGGUCCUGCCCCUCAGCCUACCUGCCCACCCUCUAAGCUUACUCCCUACCCAACAGGCUUACCUGAGCCCAUCCAUGGCCCUGCUUUGAUCCAGACCACCACUUCCAGUCUUCUGGGUCCCCAGUCACUUAUACCAACUCCUGGGCUGCCUGGCCCCUGUGCCCUGGAAGUCCUGCCUUACUUCCCAUCUGGCCCAACCCCUCCAGAUCCUGGCGUGCCUCAACUCGCCACCUCAGAAUCACCAGAUGUUAACCUGGUGACCCAGCAGCUAUCCAAGUCACAGGUGGAGGACCCUCUGCCCCCUGUGUUUUCAGGCACUCCAAAGGGCAGUGGGGCUGGCUAUGGUGUUGGCUUUGAUUUGGAAGAGUUCUUGAACCAGUCUUUCGAUAUGGGUGUGGCUGAUGGGCUUCAGGAUGGCCAAGUGGAUUCAGCUUCUCUGUCAGCCUCCCUGCUUGCUGACUGGCUGGAAGGUCAUGGCAUGAACCCUGCUGACAUUGAGUCACUGCAGCGUGAGAUUCAGAUGGACUCCCCAAUGCUGCUGGCUGACCUGCCUGAUCUCCAGGAUUCCUAAGGCUCCUAGCUUGUGCCUUGCCACCAGGAAAUGGGCCCAGCUCUAGGUCCAUGGGAGUAUUCUUGAGAACCGGAGCCCUGAGCCAGCAGGUGAAGCUCAACAUGGAUUCAGCAGAUUCAUCUCAGACCUACACUACAGCCUUAAGCAGCCACUGAGCCAUGGCAAGAUUGGGGGACUCCUACUGCCUCAUGUUAUCUUUUCAGUAUUGUAUUUUAUUAUGCAUUUUUUACACUCUCUUUUUGUCAAUAAAACGAGGAAGAAUCCGUUCAC